AUGAUCUCCAAGAACAUCGCCGUCGCUCUGGCCCUGGCCUCCGUCGCCUCGGCCGCCCCGGCCCUCAAGGGCCGCAAGGUCGCCGAGGACUGCUACAGGGCGUACGACGCCUGCGUCGCCGCCGGUACGCCCGAGGUCAUGUGCGCCUGCGACCAGACCGCCUGCCUCGGCGAGGACGCCGCCCGCAUCCGCGAGUGGUGCUACCAGCAGACCCACACCCUCAAGCCCGCGCCGACCACCACCGGCAUGACAUCCACCGCCACGGCGAGCCCCACCUUCACCUCCAUCCCGGGCAUCCCCGGCGGCUGCAACCCGGCCCACCCGGGCUCCUGCCCGUCCUCCUACUUCACCUACCCCACCCUGACCGCCACAGCCACGGCGACCGCCACGGCGGCGCCGAGCCAGGCUCCCGCCCCGCCGGCCGCCGCCGCCGGAGGCUACCACGACCCCGUCCCCGUCGAGGGCAAGACCUGGACCGUCGAGAACCUGAUCCGGUACUGCGGCGCCGACAACUCGGGCUGCGACUACAACUUUGACCUCGCGACGCCCGAGGGCAAGGAGCACUGCACCGUCGUCCGCAACCCGGGCGCCAACGGCGCGACCGAGAGCUGGUCCGACCUGCCCUGCUCCACGGGCUCCAAGUACAAGGUCUCGUGGGGCUACGUCACCGAGCCCGGCCCGGCCUUCGCCGUCAUGACCGUCGUCGACGGCAAGCAGCUGGCCUGGUUCGGCGUCUCCAACGUCAACGGCCAGGAGGUCACGCCCUCGAGCCCCUUCGGCUCCGGCCACUACGGCAACAUCGGUCCCCAGCAGGUGUACACUUACUAG